CCCUCCCCCGGGCGCCGCGUCCUGGCUCCUCCCUCCCCCGCCUCCUGGUCCGCGCCAUGGUGCUGGAGUCGGUGGUCGCAGACUUGCUGAACCGCUUCCUGGGGGACUACGUGGAGAACCUGAACAAGUCCCAGCUGAAGCUGGGCAUCUGGGGCGGUAAUGUGGCUUUAGAUAAUCUGCAGAUAAAAGAAAAUGCUCUGAGUGAAUUGGAUGUUCCUUUCAAAGUCAAGGCUGGCCAGAUUGAUAAAUUAACUUUGAAGAUCCCUUGGAAAAACCUUUAUGGAGAAGCAGUCAUUGCCACCCUAGAAGGAUUAUACCUGCUUGUGGUCCCUGGAGCAAGUAUUAAGUAUGAUGCUGAGAAAGAAGAAAAAUCCUUGCAGGAUAUUAAACAGAAAGAACUUUCCCGAAUUGAAGAAGCCCUUCAAAAAGCAGCAGAGAAAGAUAAGCCCAAAGAAGCAAAAAAAGAUACGUUUUUGGAAAAAUUGGCAACUCAAGUAAUAAAAAAUGUUCAAGUGAAAGUUACAGACAUUCACAUUAAAUAUGAAGAUGACGUCACUGAUCCAGAAAGGCCACUUUCAUUUGGUGUCACGCUGGGCGAGUUUAGUCUAUUGACGACAAAUGAACACUGGACUCCAUGCAUUUUAAAUGAAGCAGAAAAAAUAAUAUAUAAGCUUGUGAAGCUUGACAGUCUGAGUGCCUAUUGGAAUGUUGGCUGCUGCAUGUCUUACCAUGGAUCAAGGGAACACAUCUUGGAUCAACUGAAACGUGAAAUUCUUACAAGUAGAAACAUCCCCCAAAACCAUCAGUACAUUUUCCAGCCAAUAUCAGCCUCUGCAAAACUCUACAUGAAUCCUGGUGCAGAGUCAGAGCUCAAAACCCCCAAACUCGAUGGGAACGUAGAAGUGCAGAAUAUCGCCAUUGAGCUGACGAAGCCUCAGUAUUUAAGUAUGAUUGACUUUUUGGAGUCACUGGAUUAUAUGGUUAGAAAUGCUCCCUAUAGGAAGUACAAGCCUUGCUUACCACUUCACAGCAACUGUCGGCAAUGGUGGAAAUAUGCAAUUGAUUCUGUUCUUGAAGUUCAUAUAAGAAGAUACACCCAGAUGUGGUCAUGGAGCAACAUAAAAAAACACAGGCAGUUACUCAAGAGUUACAAAAUUGCUUACAAAAACAAGUUAACACAAACCAAAGUCUCAGAAGAAAUACAGAAACAAAUUCAGGACUUGGAGAAGAAUCUAGAUGUCUUUAACAUAAUCUUAGUGAGACAACAAGCACAAGUUGAGGUCAUUCAUUCUGGGCAGAAAUUAAGGAAGAAGUCUGCCGAGGCAGGAGAGAAACGUGGCUGGUUCAGUGGGUUUUGGGGAAAGAAAGAGUCUAAGAAGAAAGAUGAUGAAGAAUCAUUAAUCCCUGAAACCAUCGAUGACCUUAUGACCCCAGAGGAAAAAGACAAGCUCUUCACUGCCAUUGGCUACAGUGAGAGCACAUACAACCUUGCUUUGCCCAAGCAGUAUGUGGCCCAUAUACUGACUCUGAAGUUGGUGAGCACCUCUAUUAUAAUCAGAGAAAACAGGAAUGUUCCAGAAAUCCUGAGAAUCCAGAUAAUUGGCUUGGGUACCCAAGUAUCCCAGCGACCAGGAGCACAAGCACUGAAGAUAGAAGCAAAAUUAGAACAUUGGUACAUCACAGGCUUGAGACAACAAGACAUUGUUCCAUCACUGGUGGCUUCUAUCGGUGAUACUGCAUCAUCCUUGCUCAAAAUUGAGUUUGAAACCAACCCUGAGAACAGCCCUGCUGACCAGACUUUGACCGUUCAGUCGCAGCCCGUGGAGGUCAUCUAUGAUGCUAAAACUAUCAAUGCGGUUGCUGAAUUCUUUCAGUCAAAUAAGCAGUUGGAUCUUGAGCAAAUCACAUCAGCUACAUUGACGAAGCUGGAAGAAAUUAAAGAGAGAACAGCUACAGGACUUACCCAUAUUAUUGAGACUCGGAAAGUUCUCGAUUUAAGGAUAAAUCUAAAGCCUUCUUAUCUAAUAAUUCCACAGAUGGGUUUUCACCAUGAAAAGUCAAAUCUUCUCAUUAUAGAUUUUGGUACUUUUCAGCUCAACAGUAAAGACCAAGGUGCACAGAAGACAACUAAUUCAUCGCUGGAAGAAAUAAUAGAUAAGGCAUAUGACAAGUUUGACGUGGAAAUAAAGAGUGUGCAGUUGCUCUUUGCAAAAGCAGAGGAAAACUGGAAGAAGUGUAGAUUCCAGCACCCAUCGACUAUGCAUAUUUUGCAGCCAAUGGAUAUUCAUGUUGAGUUGGCCAAGGCGAUGGUGGAGAAGGAUGUUAGAAUGGCCAGAUUUAAAGUGUCAGGAGGACUGCCUUUGAUGCAUGUGAGGAUUUCCGACCAGAAGAUAAAAGAUGUGCUGUGUCUGAUUAACAGUAUACCCUUGCCACAGAAAUCAUCCACACAGUCUCCGGAGAGACAGGUAGCCUCAAUUCCUGUUCUUUCUAGUGGGACGAAAGGACUUCUUGGGACUUCACUGUUGCUAGAUGGAGUGGAAUCAGAGUCUGAUGAUGAGUACUUUGAUGCUGAGGAAGGAGACUCGCAGACUGCUAGAGCUGUGAAAGCCCCUGAGGUUCCGAAUGAGGAGCUGGUUAAUCUUCUGCUCAAGUUUGAGAUCAAAGAGGUGAUUUUGGAACUCACCAAACAACAGAAAGAAGAAGAGACAAUUCUAGUAUUUAAUGUCACCCAGGUAGGGACAGAAGCAACCAUGAGGACAUUUGACCUGACUGCAGUGUCCUAUUUGAGGAAAAUCAGCUUGGAUUACCAUGAAAUUAAAGGAUCCAAGAGGAAGCCGCUUCACUUGAUUAGCUCUUCAGACAAACCCGGAUUAGAUCUUUUAAAAGUGGAGUACAUUAAGGUUGAUAAGAAUGGGCCUAGCUUUCAAACUACGUUUGAAAAAACUGAACAAACUGUUAAGGUGGCCUUUUCCUCUUUGAACCUGUUGCUGCAAACACAAGCUCUUCUGUCUUCUCUGAACUACUUAACAACCAUCAUCCCAUCAGAUGGCCAGAACACGGGCACGGCCAAGGAGGUGCAGACUGCCGCAGAGAAACAGAAGAGCUCUCCCCUGCAGAAAGUGAUGGUGUCCUCUAGAGAUAGUGACGUUAUUGGCUUUAGGCUGUUUGCCAAAUUGAAUGCUUUCUGUGUCACUGUCUGUGAUGAGAAGAGCAACAUUGCUGAAAUCAAGAUACAAGGCCUUGAUUCUUCCCUUUCUCUUCAGUCAAAAAAGCAGUCACUUUUUGCGAGGCUGGAGAACAUUAUUGUCACAGAUGUUGAUCCCAGAACGGUUCAUAAGAAAGCCGUGUCUAUAGUUGGAAAUGAAGUUUUUCGUUUUAAUCUGGAUUUGUAUCCAGAUGCUACCGAAGGAGAUGCCUACAGUGACAUGUCCGCCGUGGAUGGUGUGGUGGCCUUGCACGUUGGCUGUAUUCAGAUCGUCUACCUUCAUAAGUUCCUUACGUCGCUGCUGGGCUUCCUGAACAAUUUCCAGGUGGCCAAGGAGGCACUGAGUGCCGCCACUGCCCAGGCUGCAGAAAAGGCUGCCACAAGUGUGAAAGGCCUCGCCCAAAGGAGUUUCCGUGUUUCCGUCAACAUCGAUCUGAAAGCACCCGUCAUUGUCAUUCCACAGUCCUCUGUUUCCACCGAUGCUGUCGUGGUAGAUCUUGGAUUAAUUAGAGUGCACAACCAGUUCAGUCUGGUGUCCGGAGAAGACGCUGUCAACCCUCCAGUGAUCGACAAAAUGGAGGUGCAGCUCACGAAACUGAAGCUCUCUAGGACAGCAAUCCAGCCAGGUGCCUCUUUUCCUGAUAUUCAGCUGUUGCACCCAAUUAACUUGGAGUUUUCUGUAAAUCGAAAUCUAGCUGCAAAUUGGUACCAUAAGGUGCCUGUUGUAGAAAUUAAAGGGUGCCUUGAUUCAGUGAAUGUUAGUCUCAAUCAAGAGGAUCUUAAUCUUCUCUUUAGAAUACUGGCAGAAAAUCUUGGCGAGGCCACUGAAGACUUGGAUAAGGGAAAACCAAGAAUACAAGAGAUAGUGUCCUCAGGUGAAACUAGAGCAUGCCAAGAAGUCUCUCUGCCACAGGAUGUGCACACCACGCAAGGUGCGUCAGCAGCCAGAGUGGAAGAGACCAGAUCCAUAGACAUCAUUAAUGUCUUAUUACACUUUGAAAUUAAAGAGGUUGUGGUUACUUUGAUGAAAAAAGCAGAAAAGAAAGGAAGGCCCCUACAUGAACUAAAGAUCCUGCAUCUUGGGAUGGAAGCCAAAGUGAAAGCCCAUGACAUGACUGCUAAAGCUUACCUAAGAAAAAUCACCAUGCGGUGUUUUGAUUUCCCUGAUUCUGAAGGUGAGCCUUUGCAUAUCAUCAGCUCCUCUGAUGAGUCUGAUGGAACCCUCCUGAAGAUGCUGUUCAUCAAGGCAGACAGUGAUGGACCAGAAUUCAAAACCAUUCAUGAUAACACCAGACAGAAGCUGAAGGUUUCAUUUUCAUCAUUGGACUUGGUGCUUCAUCUGGAAGCUUUACUUUCCCUUAUGGAUUUUUUGUCAUCUGCUCUUCCAUCUUCUGAAUCUUCCUCUUCUGAGAAGGGAUCUGAGCUGAAGCCACUUGUGGGGGAAUCCAGAAGUCUUGCCAUCAAAGCCGUGCCCAGCACUUCUGAAGGUGAUGUGUUUGAUUUGAAGGUCACAGCUGAGUUAAAUGCCUUUAACAUCUUUGUUUGUGAUCAGAAGAGUAACAUAGCAGAUAUUAAAAUACAUGGAAUGGAUGCCUCUAUUUCUAUGAAGCCAAAGCAGACUGACAUGUUUGCCAGACUUGAAAAUAUAAUAGUUAUGAAUGUUGAUUCACUGUCCAUUCACAAAAAGGCUGUCUCUAUUUUGGGAGAUGAAGUCUUUCGGUUCCAGAUGAGUCUGUACCCAGAAGCCACAGAAGGACAGAAUUACGGUGAUAUGUCUAAAGUGGAUGGCAAGCUUAGCCUCAAAGUGGGUUGUAUUCAGAUCGUCUAUGUUCACAAAUUCUUCAUGGCUCUUUUGAGCUUCCUCAAUAAUUUCCAAACUGCCAAAGAAGCCUUGAGCACAGCCACCGUCCAGGCUGCGGAAAGAGCUGCGUCCAGCGUGAAGGAUCUGGCUCAGAAGAGUUUCCGGCUUCUGAUGGACAUCGAUUUGAAAGCACCUGUCAUUACCGUCCCCCAGUCUUCUAUGUCACCUAAUGCCGUGAUAGCGGAUCUGGGCUUAAUCAGAGUUGAGAACAAGUUCAGUUUGGUGUCUGUGGAACAGCAUUCUCUUCCCCCAGUGGCUGACACUAUGAGCGUCCAGCUCACUCAGCUGAAGCUGUCCAGGACUCUUUUAGAGGCUGACUCGCCUCAGCCUGACAUUGAAAUUUUAAAACCGGUGAACAUGCUUUUGUCCAUACAGCGGAAUUUGUCGGCAGCAUGGUACACACAGAUUCCAGGCAUGGAGAUAAAAGGCAAACUCAAGCCUAUGCAGGUUGCUCUCAGUCAAGAUGACUUGACAGUUUUAAUGAAUAUUUUGCUGGAAAACCUUGGGGAAGUUUCUUCACAGCCAAGUUCUACCCAGUCUGCCCAGGAGGCUGCAAGAGUGAAGAGAGAUACUCGGAGUGGGCCUGACCAUUUUAAAGAACAAGAUUUGACAGACCCGAAGUCCCCCAUGGACCAGAUUAUCACUCUUCAGUUUGACUUCCACUUUGACUCUCUCUCCAUCAUCCUGUACAACAAUGAUAACUGCCAGGAGUCCAGACUUUCCUUUCAUAAUGACAGCUUCCGUCUUGGUGAGCUCAGACUCCACCUGAUGGCUUCUACAGGGAAGAUGUUCAAGGAUGGGUCUAUGAAUGUCAGCCUUAAACUUAAAAUGUGCACUCUUGAUGAUCUCCGAGAAGGAAUUGAGAGAGCAACAUCCAGGAUGAUUGACAAAAAGGAUGACCAAGACAGCAACAGUUCUAUGAUUGAUAUAAGUUAUAGACAAGAUAAAAAUGGAAGCCAGAUUGAUGCCAUUCUCGACAAGCUGUAUGUGUGUGCCAGUGUGGAGUUUCUGAUGACCGUGGCUGAUUUCUUCAUUAAAGCCAUGCCUCAGAGUCCAGAAAACAAAGCAAAAGAAAUACAGAUUCCAUCAAGACAGACUGCGAUGGGAAGAGUCAAGAUGGAGAAAGAUGAUUCUGUGAGGCCAAACAUGACUUUGAAGGCCAUGAUCACAGACCCAGAAGUGGUAUUUGUUGCCAACCUGACAAAGGCUGACGCGCCUGCUCUGACCGCCUCAUUCCAGUGUAACCUCUCCCUCUCAACGUCCAAACUGGAGCAGAUGAUGGAAGCCUCUGUGAGAGACCUGAAAGUGCUCGCCUGCCCCUUCCUGAGAGAAAGGAGAGGGAAGAGCAUCACUACGGUGUUGCAGCCCUGCUCCUUAUUUAUGGAAAAGUGUACGUGGUCUUCAGGAAAACAAAACAUUAAUAUUAUGGUUAAAGAAUUUGUAAUUAAGAUUUCGCCUAUAAUCCUUAAUACUGUGAUGACAAUCAUGGCUGCUAUGGCUCCAAAGACCAAAGAAGAUGAAUCGAAAGACACAGCUAAGGAGAUGGACAAUCUCUGGGCUGUCAAACCCAUCACUGAUUAUAACUCUUGGUUUCUUGGUGUUGACAUGGCAACAGAAGUAACAGAAAAUUUCAGAGACUUUGAGCAUCCGCCGAUAGAGGAAAAUUGUGUGGUUGCUGUGGAGUCCGUUCAAGUCACCUUAGAAUGUGGCCUUGGUCAUCGCACUGUGCCCUUGUUGUUGGCAGAGUCCAAGUUCUCUGGAAAUAUUAAAAACUGGACUUCUCUAAUGGCUGCCGCUGCUGACAUGACUCUGGAGGUUCACUAUUAUAAUGAAACCCAUGCUGUGUGGGAGCCACUGAUUGAAAGAGUGGAGGGGAAAAAACCAUGGAGCUUAAAGCUUAAUGUGAAGAAGAACCCAAUCCAGGAUAAAAGUUUGAUACCAGGAGAUGACUUUAUUCCUGAGCCACAAAUGGCAAUUCAUAUUUCUUCAGGAGCUACAAUGAAUAUCACAAUAUCUAAAAGUUGUCUCAAUGUUUUCAACAAUUUAGCAAAAGGUUUCUCGGAGGGAGCGGCUUCUACUUUUGACUACUCUCUGAAAGACAGGGCUCCUUUUACAGUGAGAAACGCCCUGGGUAUUCCCAUGAAGGUGCAGCCCAAUCGCAACCUCAGGGUAAUGGGUUCCCCCGAGAAGAGCGACGUUUAUGACGUGGCUGCCGGGCAGCAUUUGGAGCUGGAAUAUGCCAGCCUGGAACCCUCCCGUCAAGGAAAGCUGACGGUUCUGAGCCGGCAGGAGAGUACCUUCUUUACACUGACCUUUGUGCCACACGGUUAUACAGAAGUGGGCAGUGUCCCUGUUGCCAGGCCUGGCCGGCGGUUGUAUAACGUACGGAAUCCCAGUGCCAGCCGUUCUGACUCCGUGUUGGUGCAGAUUGACGCAACAGAAGGGAACAAGGUGGUCACUCUCCGCUCGCCUCUGCAGAUUAAAAACCACUUUUCAAUAGCAUUUAUCAUCUACAAAUUUGUCAAGAAUGUUAAGCUGUUGGAGCGUAUUGGAAUAGCCAGACCUGAGGAAGAGUUCCACGUCCCUUUGGAUUCCUAUAGGUGCCAGUUGUACGUUCAGCCGGCUGGCAGCUUAGAGCAGCAGUACUCGCAGUCCACCACGUACAUUUCCUGGAAGGAAGAGCUGCACCGCAGCAGGGAGGUCAGGUGCAUGCUGCAGUGCCCCUCGGCAGAGGUCAACUUCCUGCCGCUCAUCGUGAACACCGUCGCCCGGCCUGAUGAGCUGAGCUACAUCAGUGCCCACGGGGAAGACUGGGACCCGGCCUACGUCAUCCAUCUCCACCCUCCUCUCACCUUGCGGAACCUUCUGCCAUAUUCGCUAAGAUACUUACUGGAGGGAACUGCAGAAACCCACGAGCUGGCAGAAGGCAGCGCUGCCGACGUCCUCCACUCACGAAUCAGCGGCGAGAUCAUGGAGUUAGUCCUGGUGAAAUACCUGGGCAAGAACUGGAGUGGACACUUCCGCAUUUGCGACACACUUCCCGAGUUCUUCCUCGUGUGUUUUUCCUCAGACACAGCGGAAGUGAUGACAGUUGACUUGUCAGUACACGUCAGGCGAAGUGGCUGCCGGAUGGAGCUGUCUGUCUUCAGUCCCUAUUGGCUAAUCAACAAAACUACUCGGGUUCUCCAGUAUCGCUCUGAGGAGAUACAUGUUAAACAUCCAGCUGAUUUCAGGGACAUCAUUUUAUUCUCUUUCAAGAAGAAGAACAUUUUUAGCAAAAACAAGGUACAGUUAAAAAUUUCAACAAGUGCCUGGUCCAAUGGUUUCUCAUUGGACACUGUGGGUAGCUAUGGGUGUGUGAAGUGCCCUGCCACCAAUAUGGAAUACCUGGUCGGGGUUAGCAUCAAAAUGAGCAGUUUUAACCUCUCACGGAUAGUCACUCUGACCCCCUUCUGGACUGUUGCAAACAAGUCUUCUUUAGAGCUAGAAGUUGGAGAGAUUGGCCCUGAUGAUUCCAUACCAACCAACAAAUGGCACUAUGUCGCUUCUUCAGAGUGCAUUCCAUUUUGGCCUGAAAAUUUGUCUGGCAAACUUUGUGUGAGAGUGGUGGGCUACGAAGGAUCUUCCAAGCCAUUCUUUUACAACCGACAAGACAAUGGCACUUUACUGAGCUUAGAAGAUCUGAAUGGGGGUAUCUUGGUGGAUAUAAACACUGCUGAACACUCAACUGUCAUAACCUUCUCUGAUUACCACGAGGGAUCUGCACCUGCUUUGAUAAUGAACCACACGCAGUGGGAUGUCCUCACAUAUAGACAGAGUGGGUCGCAGGAGGAACUAGUAUUGCUGCCAAGAGAAACUCGACUCUUUGCUUGGGCAGACCCCACCGGCACUAGGAAACUCACUUGGAGCUAUGCGGCGAACUUUGGGGAGCAUGACCUCUUAAAGGAUGAGUGUGGACAGUUUCCAUAUGAUGCGAAUAUACAGAUACAUUGGGUGUCCUUCCUCGACGGCCGCCAGAGGGUCCUGCUUUUCACAGAUGAUGUUGCCAUGGUUUCCAAAGCUCUCCAGGCGGAAGAAAUGGAGCAGGCUGAUCACGAAGUCUCCUUGUCACUGCACAGCCUCGGGCUCUCUCUGGUUAACAAUGAAAACAAGCAGGAAGUCUCCUAUGUGGGAAUCACCAGCUCAGGUGUUGUUUGGGAGAUGAAGCCAAAGCAGAAGUGGAAGCCAUUCAGUCAGAAGCAGAUAAUGUUGCUGGAGCAGUCCUAUCAGAAGCAUCUUGCUUCACAGGAGCGUGGCUGGAUUAAGCUGGACAGUAAUUUCGAGGUCAACUUUGACAAAGUCCCAAUGGAAAUGCGGCUUCCUAUGCGGUGCCUUAUUAAACGGGACUUCUUAUCAGGGAUUCAGGUUGAAUUCAAGCAGUCCCCUCACCAGAGAAGCUUAAGGGCCCGGUUAUACUGGCUCCAGGUUGAUAAUCAGUUACCAGGUACAAUGUUCCCAGUUGUGUUUCAUCCCGUGGCUCCUCCCAAAUCCAUCGCCCUGGAUUCAGAACCCAAACCUUUCAUCGACAUAAGUGUCAUUACAAGAUUCAAUGAGUACAGUAAAGUCCUACAGUUCAAGUAUUUUAUGGUUCUCAUCCAGGAAAUGGCCUUAAAAAUUGAUCAGGGGUUCCUUGGAGCUGUUAUUGCACUGUUUACCCCAACAAGUGAUCCUGAGGCUGAAAGAAAACGGACAAAGUUAAUCCAACAAGACAUCGAUGCGUUCAACACAGAGCUCAUGGUGUCUUCAGGGACCGACAUGUCAAUCCUGAGUUUCUUCGAGCACUUCCAUAUUUCCCCUGUUAAGUUGCACUUGAGUCUGUCUUUGGGUUCCGGAGGUGAGGAAUCUGACAAAGAGAAACAGGAAAUGAUUGCAAUUCAUUCUGUGAACCUGCUGUUGAAAAGCAUAGGUGCCACUCUGACCGAUGUGGAUGACCUCAUAUUCAAACUUGCUUACUAUGAGAUUCGCUAUCAGUUUUACAAGAGAGAUCAACUCAUGUGGAGUGUUAUUAGACACUACAGUGAACAGUUCUUAAAGCAGAUGUACGUGCUUGUACUGGGCUUAGAUGUGCUUGGAAACCCAUUUGGACUAAUUCGGGGCCUGUCUGAAGGAGUUGAGGCACUGUUCUAUGAGCCCUUCCAGGGUGCUGUCCAAGGCCCUGAAGAAUUUGCUGAAGGAUUAGUGAUUGGAGUGAGAAGCCUCUUUGGACACACAGUAGGUGGCGCAGCGGGAGUUGUAUCUCGAAUCACUGGCUCUGUCGGGAAAGGCCUGGCUGCAAUCACAAUGGACAAAGAGUAUCAGCAGAAGAGAAGAGAGGAGAUGGGGCGACAGCCUAAAGAUUUUGGAGACAGUCUGGCCAGAGGAGGGAAAGGCUUCUUACGUGGAGUUGUCGGAGGUGUGACUGGGAUAAUAACAAAGCCUGUGGAAGGUGCCAAGAAGGAGGGCGCUGCUGGCUUCUUUAAAGGAAUUGGAAAAGGGCUCGUGGGUGCCGUGGCUCGUCCUACUGGUGGGAUCAUAGAUAUGGCUAGCAGCACCUUCCAAGGCAUUCAGAGGGUAGCAGAAUCUACUGAGGAGGUGUCCAGCCUCCGUCCACCUCGCCUGAUCCAUGAAGAUGGCAUCAUCCGUCCAUAUGACAGGCAGGAAUCUGAGGGCUCCAACUUACUAGAGCAAGAACUGGGAACACAGGAGUAAAUGUUUCCUGUACUGCCUGAUUCCAUCCUUAAAACUCAAAUCAAACUACUACUAUUUAACUGUGUGUGAAUCAGACUGAGGGUGGAUUUUGAUGACAUUUUCUUUAUAACUGUCACUUCUGUCUGAGCUUUUUGUAAUAGUUAGUGGCUUGGCCAUAGUUGAAAAUUGUGGCUUCUUGUUUCUACACAGGGCUAAGAGAUUUGUGUAAAAGAUUCCAUGGUGCAGGAAAUAAUCUUGCAGGUUUGGGGCUUGGGGUUAAAAAGGGUAUUGAGCCCAGAGCAGAUAUUUUCCUGCAGUUGUGGAAACUGUAUCACUUUGUGUAUUAGGUUGUUUGUGUACAUGCAGAUGAAGUUGAGAAGGAAGGCUCUGUGCAGUGACUGUAUCUUUAUGUUUCUGAAACUCGAUGAUGAAAUUACAUAGAGUUCUGCCCCACAUGUUACCCUGAAUGUACUCGAGUCAUGGAACUAUUAACCUGGGACAUGGUGUUUUCAUAACUAAUAUGUCAGUUUCUCUGAGCUUGUCCUUAGAUCUGAGGUGAGACCUGGCAUAGGAGUUGUAGGAGAAUAUUCCUUCAGUAUUUUUUUUUUCUUUCUUGACUCAGUUAUGGCCAAAUAAAUGAAGUAAUUUUCUGUGGUCUGCACCCUUAGCAUUUAGCAGGAAUGCUUUUGGAAAACUGAGCCCCAUUGUUGGUUUUGCUUACUUCAUAAUUACUAGCUUUAAUUAUUGUAAGUAGAGUUAGUAAGAGAACAUGUGAUUAGGCAAAUUACCUCUGUGGCAACUGAAUGUACAGAUACUUUUCCUUGUAUAAACAAACUCUUAGAGGCUGGGCAGAUGGCUCAGUUGCUAAAGUCCUCACUAGCAAGCACAGAUACCUGAGUUCAGGUCUCCAGUACCCACAGACAAGCCAGGCGUGGUGGUGGCACAUGCCUGUAGCUUCAGUUCUAGAGUGGGGUCGGGAAGCAGGCAGAACUUGGAGCUCGCUGGCAGCCAGCUCACUUACUUUGUGAGCAGCUGAUUUAGUGAGAGGCCCUGCUCAGAAUCAAAGUAAACAAAAGUCAGUAAAGGAGGAGGGCACCUGGUAAGGACCUCAGGCCUCCACACACACUGUGUGCAUGCUUUACAUGCAGAAGCACAUGCCACUGGCAGGUCACAAGAGUAAUCCCCAGAGAUUUCUCCAGGUGAGCAAAAAAUAGUCAUAAAUUAUCAUUAUACCCCAGUUAAUUCCCAAAGGAAAUGAUACUUUAAUUUCUUUUUAAGAUAAAUAAUGGAAAUGUUUAAUUUUGUGAUUUGACAGCGCCUUAUCUAGAAACUAAAAUUGAAACCAAAGUAGAAAGUUGAUCCCUAAUAUAUAUUUGAAGAUGAUGAAGCUGUUAAGAUACAAACUUUUAGGUGGAUUGUGUGUGUGUGUGUGUGUGUUUAAGGUAGAGUUUACUGUGAAGCCUUGGCUGGCCUGGAGCUCUCUGUAUAGACCAGGCUAGCCUUGAACUCACACAGAUCCUCCUAUUUGUGCCUCCCUAGUGCUGGGAUUAAAGAUGUGCAUUUAUACGUGUUUAAACAUAUAGUUAUAAAAAGCAAUUAGUUGAACGCUUUACAUUAAAACAAACACUAUGAAGAGAACAUAACUGAUGUCCAAAGACCAGACAGUACUGGACAGACAAAAGAAAUGACUGACAUCCUUGGACUGGGGUACAGCUCAGGUAAACUAGCACUCACAGGCCUGGGUUUGAACCCUGGUGUCACCACGUUCCCCUCAAAACAAGACUUCUGCGCUUAUGGGACCAAGUGUAGAGAAACGUGUAAAUAUUAACAGUAGCAAAACCAAAAACAGAACAAACUUGUCGUACCUGGAUAACUGGGGACAGGCACAGGGUCCUCGUGUAUGCACAAGGCCCCGUGCGAGCAGCUUCUGUGAGAAUAAGCACAAUCCAUCACCCUGGGUGCUGUAGCUCCUUGUGUGACAGUCACAAUUUUUAGCUUUCCUGAAUAUAUUGCAAUUUUACUGAGGCUUUUGUGAUCCUCCGAAACCUGAGGUCUUUUUCUCUGUGUAUUGAUUAUGUCUUAUUUUAUUUUUUGGCUCCUGGGUGAUUCCUGUGAUCUCUCUUUUUAUAAAUGUACGCUACCAAGCAAAAAAAAAAAGUUAUUUUCGCUAAGCCUAUAGUCAUCUCAUAUGGCUUUUUAGUUUUUGUUAUGUCAGACAACUCUUUAAACGUUAAUAUCAGUCUAUUAGUAAUUAUUGGAAGAAAUAGAAGGCAAAUUGCUGCGGUGAUGGUUCGUUCCUGGGUAACGAAAGGUUUAGCCCAUCACAGCUCUCACCCAUCUUGCUGUGACAGUGAGCUGAGUAAGAAGCACUUUCUGAUUACUCAGACUCUGCUGGACUGAUUCCUUAAGGGAGUCAGCGUAACCAGACGUGGAAAUCUACAGAGUCCUGGAAUGUUAGACCAUAUCCUCCUCGCUCUUACUGUAAUACUGGCUUGUUUGUUUGUUUGUUUGUUUGUUUGUUUGUUUUAACCCACCAAGCAUUCCUCUGUUUUCUACUAGUCGGCUAUGAAAAUCCUUACUCACACGCCAUGUGUUUUAGCAUAGUCUACUCCAGUGUUCCCUUAAGAUAAUGCUGCUUAUGUUGUACCUGUAUGUAUAUGUAAGUGUAUAUAGAUGGGUUUUAUUUAUUAUUUAUUUCGCUGAUGGUUCCUAAUGGUCAUGUAAGACUUAAAGUUGGUGUUCCUUGCUUUUUCUAUCUAAGUAUGUUUUUUUCAUGUAUGGAAAUGUUUCCUUAACACUUUAACCCUUGCCUGUCCACUCACAGAGGUAAUCUUGCAUUGUAUAUCUGACCAUUCUCGGUUCCUGAUCUUGGUUCCUGACUGUACUUGGUAGUGAUAACUGUGAUAAACACCACUGUACAUUUGCAUUUUGCUUUUCUACUCCUUGUGCUGUUCCUGAGAAUUAAGUUGAGAGGGAUGAAAAUGAAUGGGAAAGGACCCUUUUCUUUAACAGAAUUUUACUAAAUUACUCAUGUUGAGUUUCAGAACAGAAUGUUGCAUUGGUCAGUGUGGUCUCCUGUUCCCCCCAGUGACUGAAUCUUGCUCUGAGUUUCAGAGUCUAGUGGCUCUUCAGCAGCACUGAGAAGAGUUUUUCCAGUGUAUCCUGGUGAUAAAUUUAAGGCUUUUGGUGGUUGAAGCACAGCCUGAUAAACAAUGGAAAUGUUAGGAGAGAAGCAAGCCUCCCUGCUCCUGCUGGCUUCUCUGGCUUCACGUGUGCAUUCCCAGCUCCAGCUAAAGGCACUGCAUUACUGUAGUGUCCUAUUCUGUUUUUCCAUUUUCUCUGAAGAAACCGGAGCAUCGAUGGCAAAAUUUUGUAGCUAAUUCACAAGGGUGAACUGUGAAAGGAGUGCCCAUCCCUUCUCCGAGACAUGUUCUGAAGCUCUGCUUCUCUCUUCCUUCCAUGGCUUUUGUAAUCCUUGUCCGUGGCUUUUUGUAAUUGGCAAGGAAUGACUAGUGGCUGACAUAUUUUAAGAAUGUAGGUUUCAUCCCCAGCACCACAAGUGAAAGAUGAACUUAAGCUUUGAGAUCACAACCCUGGGUGUGCUUUCUCUGCUGCGCGUAUGUUGACCCUAUGACCCUAAGGCUGCUGGAGGCUGCUCUCGGUCAUGCAGGGCGCUGGGCUCAUUCACUCAGUGUGUCUGUCUUCUGUAUUUUAUGCCAUGUAGUAUUUGAUACUUAAUCGCACAUUAUUGGUGAUAUCUAUAAUCACUCAUUAGUAUUUGUUGCAAAAAACUUUGUUUGUUGUUUCUAAUGUGUAUUGACUAAGUCAAUAGUUUUAAGAUACUUGAAAAAGAAAAUAAAUAUUUUAUUGGCUACAAUUUA